AGCCGCAAUCUCUCACUUUCCCCAGGAAACCCCCAAGCUCCCCACUGCGACUGUAGUACCAGAACUCAUCUCCUACCGAGGUGAGAGUUCGAAUCUCCUCACCUCUUGCUCCCUCUCUGCAAUUCUCCAUCUCCACACCCAAAUACAGCCUUAGUCGCACCAAAAUCCAACCCAUAAACGCAGUUCUGCAGGUGAUGCUUGAGUUUGGUGUUCGACAAGAAGGAUACAAGAAGAACUCUAUUUUGAAGUGUCCUAUUUAUCUUGCCCUGACCGACGACGAAUGGUGAGAGGGAGACCAGAUCGACGACGCAAGAGAGGGAGCUCGGUCUUCUGCUUCGACAAAAACGAGAGAGAGGUAUUGGAGACGACGACAAAAACAAUAACAAAUAUCAAUAAAAUAAUCCAUUCGUACAGGAUGCUUUCACUGCAUCUGCUGCGGAUGGUCUAAUGUCUGUAAUGUUAGAGUAGGAAGGACGAGAAAGGAGGAGCUUCCAGUGUUUCCCUCAAAUCCGCCCUGCAUAGCUGCCACGUUCAUAUUCAAACAUGCGCAGGCCACAAAGAGUCAAGGUGUUGGGAUAAAAUCUGCUAACUCGAUUUGUUGUAAGAAGCCCAGAGUUGAGGGCCAUCCAGGUGAUAACACUGUGCUUGGGGUAUUCAAUUUGUCAUAAACAACUUAGAAUAGGUCUGCCUAAUGUUCUCUUAUGCAUAGUAGAAGAAAAACCCAGUCACUGAAUCUUGGGUUCUAUUCAAGUUGAUUGGAAUCGAUUCAGUACAACAAUUUUGAGUUAUUUGCAAUAUUUGUUUUUGUUGAAGCAGCAAGGAUCUACCUCCCUAUGACGCGCAUGAUAUUCAGAAGCUUAUCGACUAGAUUGCUGAACAUAUGCGUGGCUUCCUUUUGCAGAGCAAAACAGAUAGAGAAAGCGGAAUCAGUAAUCAUUGAUGGUAUAAGAUUAGGUCUACUUCCUAAUGCGGUUACAUAUAACAUUCUCAUUGAUAGCUAUGGUCAUUUUGUUAGCAUUGAUGCAGCGUAUGCAGUUUUGUGGAGAAUGCGGAAAGCUGGGAUUGACCCAGAUGUUGUAACUUUCAAUUCUUUGAUAGCUGGUGCCACAAGGAGGUGCCUUUUGUCGAAAUCCCUUGACCUGUUUGAAGAAAUGCUUCAAACAGGGAUACAUCCCGAUGUGUGGAGUUACAAUACGUUGAUGGAUUGCUUUUUUAAAGUAGGAAAACCUGAUGAAGCAUAUGUAGUUUUUAAAGAUUUAAUAUUGAAUAAUCUCUCGCCUUGUCCAACUACUUUUAAUAUCCUGAUUAACGGACUAUGCCAGAAUGGAUAUAUCACCAAUGCCCUUAUGAUGUUUAGGAGUUUGCAGCGUCUAGGGUUUGUUCCGCAAUUAGCAACUUAUAAUACUCUCAUUGGUGGGUUAUGUAAAGCAGGGAGAUUGGCGGCUGCUAGGAGGGCACUUAAGGAGCUUGGAAAAUCAGGUCUUAUGCCCAAUGCAAUAACGUAUACUACAGUAUUGAAAUGUUGUUUUAGGUCAAGGAAGCUUGAGCAAGGGCUUGACAUAAUGUUGAAGAUGAAAAAUAGUGGGUAUACGUUUGAUGGGUUUGCAUAUUGCACGGUAAUUGGCGCUUUAGUUAAGACAGGGUGGAUAAAAGAGGCAGCAGACUACAUGGAUGAGAUGACGAGGAAUGGUAUUGAGCGCGACAUAGUUUCUUAUAAUACUUUGCUUAACUUGUAUUGCAAACAAAGGAAGUUCGAAGCCGUGUACGAGUUGUUCCAUGAGAUAGAGAAAGAAGGUUUAGAAUGUGAUGAAUAUACGCAUACGAUUCUGAUUAAUGGUUUGUGCAAGGCAGGUGAUAUUGAGGGGGCCAUGCGGCAUUUGAAUUAUAUGAAUACAGUGGGGUUUGAUUCAAAUUUGGUUGCCUUCAACUGUGUGGUUGAUGGACUGUGUAAAGCUGGUCUCAUUGAUCAUGCUAUAAAAAUGUUUGAAUCGAUGGAGAUGAAGGAUUCAUUUACUUACUCAUCCAUGGUGCAUGGUCUUUGCAGGGCACGAAGGUUCCAUAGUGCAUCCAAAAUCUUGCGAUCUAGUAUUAGAAAUGGCAUGAAGAUGCUCAAAGCUGACGCAAGAGCUGUCCUGGAUGGUCUUUCAAAUUCUGGAUGUGCAAGUGAAGCAAGAUGGCUUCGGUCAAAAAUUAUGGGGGCGCGACUAUUACAUUAAGAUGUGCUUAGCAAGAUGGAGAACAAGCAGUUGCUAUGAAGUCAGCCGUGGCUUGCAAGGAAGAAUUCUAUUAAUAUGGAAUUUCCUGGUCUGAGCUUAAAAGGCAUUCCCCUGGCCCCUGAACCACCUGAAAGCUAGCCCUCCUCAAUCCCAGUCGAAUUCUUCUUCUUAUUCCCCAGUGAUGUAUGUACUGUGAUUAGAAGAAUCAAGCAUAUAAGCUUGAGUGUUUGAGAUGGCCUUCAUCAUGGGCAUAAUUAUGAGCCGCAUUCCUUGAUUGGUUGAGAAAUGAAUUUUAUCUGGGCGAUGUGGGAUGGUUGAACAGGUGAGGUCCCAAAAUCUGCACAAAGCUCACGACCAUUACUCCCGAUGGCCACACAUGCAAAAACAUUGGAGUUGGACAUUGAAAUCUUCCAGUUAAUGAGGAUGAAUGGGGCGAUGGAGCGGACGCUAUGCUGAGUUGAGGCGUGAGAUCUAUCCAUGUUUUUCCUGGAUAUCCUUUGAGUUGAAGAAGUUACUACAUUGUUAGUAUGUCUCAUCAAGGCUGAUAUUAACACUUUUUUUCAUGUAAAGAUUUGGGUACUCACUUUCCUA